CAUUCCCAAAGUAAAGACCGACCUAAAGUCAAAGACUCCUCUUCUGAUGCCAUGGAGACCUGAAGAUUACAGACGAGGACCAAGAUGGGGGACACAACACUUCCUCCUGCAUGUGUUGACGGCUCUGGAGGUGAAAGAGUCCUGCAUGUGUGUGGAGGAGGAGGAGGAGGAGGAGGUCAUGGACUCCUCGAGGCUCCUGGCUCUCCCUGCUCUUUGGACCUGAGGCUAAUAAAAGGGCAGUCAGUCCUUGUGAGGGGACUAAAUGAACAGUCACGAAAGUCUUGGAUUGAGGAAUCCUUCUCCAAAAGAGAGUGUGUGAGGUUUAUCCCUUCAUCUCGGGACCUACAUAGAUGUAUUCCCGUAUGUCAAGUAUGCCAAAACUUGAUCAGAUGUAGUUGUGGCCGCCUGAUUGGGGAGCACUCUUGGCAAGAGUCCCUUCCCCCCACAUCCCUCUAUCCUGGUCCUGGACAGGACCUGGAAGAGGACUGGUCCAUAGAGCUCCACACCAAAGCCAGUCCCACGAACGCCUAUGGGACCAUAGACUUUCAGGACACUGCCACACGUGUAUGCCGGGCCAAGUAUGUUCGUGUGGCUGUGGACUCCAAGCCAGAGGUGCUGCUCCAGCUGAUGUUGAGGGAGUGGCAGAUGGAGAGACCCAAGCUGCUACUGACUGUCCAGGGGGGCUCAGAAAACUUCUCCCUGCCCCUUAAAGUCAAGCAGGCCUUCAGCAAAGGGCUGAUCACUGCCGCCCUCAGCACGGGAGCAUGGAUACUCACUGACGGCAUCAAUACAGGUGUGUCUAAGUAUGUGGGCGAGGCAGUGAAAACAUUUGGGGGCCACAACCUGAGGAAGAGAAACACAGUCGGCAUCACACCAUGGGGAGUCAUUGACAACAACAUGGACCUCAUAGGCAGAGAUGUGUUCAGGCCCUACCAGCCACUGGGGAACCCUUUGAGCAAGAGGGCCUGUCUUAAUGGUUUCCACUCCCACUUUCUGUUGGUGGAUGAUGGAACGCUGGGAAAACAUGGCUGCCAACAAGGCCUCAGGAGGAAGCUGGAGAAACACAUCCGUCUACAGAAGAUACACCCUCAACUGAAGCAAGGAGUGCCUGUGGUGUGUGUGGUGGUGGAGGGAGGCCCUGCCAUUGUGUCCACAGUGUUGGACUAUGUUAGCAAUGUGCCCCCUGUGCCAGUGUUUGUGUUCGAGGGAUCGGGCAGGGCGGCCGACCUGCUCGCCUUCCUACACAAGCAGACUUCUAUUGACAGGCAGUUGGAUGCUGACAUUAAAGAGGACUUCCUUGUCAGGAUUGGAGAUGUGUUUGGAGUAGAGACAGCAGAAGCGUCUCAGCUCUGCAGUCUCCUUCUGCAGUGUAUGGAUCACAGAGAGUCUAUAACCAUCUUUGACUCCGAGUCAGAGGACCAAACGGCACCUGAUGCAGCCAUUCUGACAACUAGUCUCAAGGGCACCAAGGCCAGUCCUGCAGAGCAGCUGAGUAUGGCCCUCGCCUGGGACAGGGCUGACAUAGCACAGAAAGAUGUCCUGGUGUACGGACAGCAUUGGAAGGUGGGUUCCUUGGAGAAUGUCAUGCUGGAUGCUCUGGUGAUGGACCGAGUCAGUUUUGUCAAACUGCUGAUUGACCACGGCAUGACUAUGAGCCACUUCCUUACUGUGGAUCGCCUGGAGGAGCUUUAUAACACGUCACAGGGGCAGACGGACAGCUUCCUGCACCACCUCGCUGAAGAUGCAAAACAGACUUCUCUUCCCAUAGGUUACCGUCUCUCUCUAAUUGACAUGGGCCUGGUGAUAGAGUACCUCAUAGGAGGAGCGUACCGCAGCACCUACACACGGAAACACUUCAGAGCUGCCUACAUCAGCCUGCAGGACAAAGAGGGUAGAUGGGACAGUUCCACCUCCUUGUCUAAACAGAGAAGGGGAUUAAUACCAAUCUCUACCAGGGGCAGGACUCCCCAGGACCUGCAAUUCUUCAGAACAGCUCAGCCCCACAAACCCAAGGAGCAGGAUGUGUCACCCGGGAGUAGUCGAGAGAUCACAUCCAGCCCUGGCCUUGGUGAUGCUCCAUGGCUGGUUCCCUUCAACUUCAACGACCUGUUCGUGUGGGCCAUUCUUCAUCAGCGGCAGCAGAUGGCACUGUUCCUGUGGCAGCAUGGCGAGGAUGCGCUGGCACGUGCGGCAGUGGCUUGUAAGCUUUACCGCUCCAUGGCCUUUGAGGCACGGCAGAGCAGCAUGGACGACCACAUUUCAGAGCGAUUCAAGACACAUUCACUUGAGUUUGGUCAGCUGGCGGUGGACUUGUUAGACUGUGCAUUUCGCCAGAAUGGGCAGAUGGCCAUGAAGCUGUUGACUUCAGAGAUGGAGGCAUGGAGUCACUUCACCUGUCUGCAGAUGGCCGUCUCCUCAUGUCAUCGACCAUUCGUCUCACACUCCUGCACUCAGACCCUCCUCACAGAUCUCUGGACCGGUCCGCUCAACAUGAGAAAAAACUCCUUCGUGAAGAUCAUUUUGAGCCUUCUUCUGCCCCCUGCCAUCUUGCUACUGGAGUUUAAAAGCAAAGCUGAAAUGUGCCAUGUACCACAGUCCCAUGAGGCAAUGCUGUUUGGACUUGAGUCUGUGAAGUCUCCACCGGCUGACGAGGCCAGUCAGGAUGCAGAGCGAGGCCUGUCGUUCCAUGACAGAUGUUUUGGUCACGUGUCAGAAACUGUAUCCUCCACCACGGUGACGUGUCUUUCCUGGAUCACAAGACUUUAUGACUUCUACACAGCUCCUGUUGUCAAGUUUUGGUUUCACACAAUGUCCUACUUGUUCUUUCUGAUCUUAUUCUCCUACGUCGUCCUGGUGGAGAUGCAGGAUCAACCCAGUGUUCAGGAGUGGCUGGUCAUCGCGUACAUCUUGUCCACUGCAGUGGAGAAAACCAGAGAGGUACUCAUGUCUGAGCCGAGGAAGCUGAGCCAGAAGCUGAAGAUUUGGUUCUCGGAGUACUGGAACGUAUCAGAUGUCAUUGCCAUCCUCCUCUUCCUGGCUGGAUUGACACUGCGUUGGCAUGCUGAUCCGUACCGGACGGCAGGACGGAUCAGUUACUGUCUGGACAUCAUCUUCUGGUUCGUCAGGGUGCUGGAUCUGCUGGCUGUCAACCAGCAUGCUGGCCCUUACCUCACCAUGAUCACUAAGAUGACCAGUAACAUGUUCUUCAUAGUGGUGAUGAUGGCAAUAGUGCUGCUGAGCUUCGGGGUGUCCAGGAAGGCCAUCCUGUCGCCAGAUGAGGACCCAUCCUGGAGCCUCGCUCGAGACAUAGUCUUCCAGCCCUACUGGAUGAUCUACGGAGAGGUCUACGCAACCGAGAUAGAUCCAUGUGACGACGGUCAUCCGUGUCCUCCCGCUUCCUUUCUGACGGCAUUCCUCCAGGCUGUCUACAUGUUCUUCCAGUAUAUCAUCAUGGUCAACAUUCUCAUCGCAUUUUUUAACAACAUCUACUUUGACAUGGCAUCAACCUCCAAUAAGCUGUGGAAGUACAACCGCUAUCGCUACAUAAUGACCUACCAGGACAGGCCGUGGCUGCCUCCGCCGCUUAUCCUCCUCAGUCACAUGACCUUAGGUUUGAGAGCCAUCUACAGGAGAUUUAUUGGGGAUGCUGAGCGGGAGGAGAGAGGCUCUGGACUUAAGCUCUACCUGGGCCAUGAGGAUCGUAAGAGGCUCCAUGAGUUUGAGGAGAAAUGUGUACAGGCCUACUUCCACGAGAAGAGCGAAGUUCUCCACAGCAGUCAAAUUAACAGGAUCAGAGCCACAUCUGAGAGAGCCGAGGAGAUGUGCAUGAUGGUGGGGGAGGUCUCAGAGAAGGUCAUCUUCAUUCAGGACAGCCUGUCGGAGCUGGACUGUCAGCUGGGUCAACUCCAGGAUCUGUCGGCUCUGGCCGUGGACACCCUCACUCUGCUCUCUGCUUCUGACAGCCUGCAACAGGAGGAGGCCCACCUGGCUCAAUGUCAACUCAUCAUAGCGUCCCGGCACAUCCUCCCUCACAGCUGGACCCUCCCGCACAGAAGUGGAGCCGACUGUGAUGUACUUAAUAUGCGGCGAGUGAUGCCCAGGUCAUCCAAAAGUAACCCGCCCUCUGUGCUGGAGGGCAGUAGUCUGGUGGCGAGUAGACUGGCAUCUCAGGAGUGCAAUGUCAGAGCUAAGGGGAGCAGAGGAAGAAGACAAGGACACAAUGAGGGUGGAGAGGAAGGAGCAAAGGAGUCUGAUCAGACACCCUGUCAGUCCUGUGGACCGUCCCGCUGUGUGUCUCCUCUUUCUCCCAGAAGCUUGGAGUCACCACAUCAUAAACUCUGGACAGGUGAGCCAUACUUGUAUCCCAGUCCGGAGGAAACUUCUGUGGAAGAGGAGCAAGAGGAGGAAAGGACACAUGAACAGCUGUCUAAUGUAGAAUUAUCCAGAGCCUCUUCCAAUGCUGUCCUUCUGUCUGAGCCUCGAGACUUCUCUGAGGGUUUGGUAAAUCCUGCCUUUUCUCAGGAUGAUAGCCAACCAAGUUCUCGGUCCAAACCUUCCAGCCAAUGUGGAAGGUCUGUGAAAUCCCCCAGGUGGGCAUGUCUGUCCAGCGAGCGUCCCUAUGGCCACUGCAGAUCCCUGUCAUCCAGUGUGGAGAAUAUGACUUUCUCAGGGGCACCCCUCACUCCGAUCAGGGGAUCGUGUCCUUUGCUUAACGAACCGAUGGACAAAGAGCGUUUGUCUGAGGAGAGGAGUUUUAGGGACGACACAUCGCUGCUGUGCAGCAGGAGCAAAGAGUGGUCCAAGUCCUCUGACUUCACUCAAAUCUUAAACAGCAGAGGCAAAAGCCAUAACAGGAAGACAGUGAAGAUACAAGAGAGCAGUCCAGAUGCUGCAACCACGCAGUCCAAUCUGUCUGAUGCCUGCUGGAGAAGGUACCGGAGAAUGAGAGAAGAGCCUACAUGUUGGUCGGCUUCAACCAGUCUCAGUCAGCUCAAUUUUGAACCAAUGGAUUUGUUGAAAAAGCAAGUGUUUUCCCAUCAGGAUGUGUGGAGCCCCACUAACUCAGCAUGGAACAGCUGGGCCCGAUCAAUGAGCCACAGUUUACAGAGUGGGAUUGCCUCUGAAGCGAAGAGUGCCUCAUUCCAGUCCUCGGAAAAUUUGUAUCCGCACUAUUCAGCUAUGGAGAGAAACAAUCUGAUGAGACUGGCUCACACCAUUCCCUUCACUCCCGUCUCCAUUCUGGGAGGUGAAGAGGUGAGCAUCUACUCUCUGGAGGAAGUGUCCUCUGACGCUGACCCAGAAUGUGGCACAGUCUCCUCCUGGUCGUCACGAGGCCUGUCUGCCCUGCUGCAGCCCCUCUCCAGUGAAGAGGGCUCUAUGGAUGGGGGUCUCCGGCGGGGCUGCAGGGUGCUGUGUACCUGGGCAGAACGGGACGUGCUCAGACCUGGUCUGGUGUAUGUGGUCAAAGCCUUCAGGCCGGAGGUGGUCCGUGCCUGGCAGAGGUACUUCCAUGGUAGCACAGCACUGCAGCUUUGUUUAAGGGAGAUCCAGCAGCAGAGAGCAGCCCAGAAGAUGAUGCAAGUGUUCGACGAGGUCAAACCUGAUGAUAUGCAUCACUCACCAAGGUUUCUAGAUGUAGCGCUGGUCCUCUGGCAUUCCAAUGGCCAGUGGCUGACUAUUGAGAGGUGCAUGGUCGGGGACUUCAAGAAGUACAACAACAACACUGGAGAAGAGAUCACCCCCUGCUGUUCACUGGAAGAAAUGCUGCUAGCGUUCUCCCACUGGACAUACGAGUACUCAUGCAGAGAGCUUCUGGUGCUCGAUAUACAAGGUGUCGGAGAGGAGCUGACUGAUCCAACAGUCAUUAUGGCAGACGAUCAAAGUGGUAGCAGGGGUGAGAUGCUUUUUGGUCCAGAUAACCUCGGAGAAGCUGCCAUCAGCGGUUUCCUGCAGAAACAUUCUUGCGGUGCCUGCUGCCGCAGACUGGGCCUAGCAGAUUUAACAAUGAGUCCGGACAGCUGCGAGAACAGUAACGAGGCAGAGCCGACAUGGGGGAAAGAAGAACAAGAGGCAGAUGAAACCAGUCUGUAACCGUUGACCCAGGAAGUCGGGAAGGACACCACACAUGCACUUUUACCGACACAUGUACUGAGACUUGUCUGCUUGAACACACAUACAUACACAUGUUCUCAUAAAAUGUGGUCUUUGGUGUCCUGCGUCAGCCCUGAUUCCUUUGCAGGGGAAACGGGGAGAUGGAAGAGUGAACUCUUAUCACAAGCAGUCUGUGACUGGACACUAGAGAUUUUAUCACUGUAAUUUAAACAAAGGCUUCAAUGUAUUAAGUAAAUACUGUUGGGAGGAAAUUCGUUUUUGCAGAUUAUUCUUAUAAAAUCAUUAAGCUGUGUUGUAUGAAUCAUAAUAAGAAAUGCAGUAAUAAGAUAUUGUUUUUUCAAGACUUUACAAAAGUCUAAAUUACCAUUUUCUGUAUUAUUAUUAUUCUGUAUAUUUUGAUAUUGAGGCAAUGGCAAUCACUGUUAUGAUUAACAUGCACCUAUACAUUAUGGAUUCAUUUAAUAAGGAUGAUAUUGUUCCAUCUUUGGCUAAAAUAAAAAAGUUAAAAUCUAACAAUGUAUGUGAGACAGAAAAACAAGACAGAAAUGCACCCAUAAAAUUUCCUUUAUUUUUUUUUCUUCCCACAACAAAAUGUCUACAAAAGCGAUAAAAUAUAGAAUUUAACAAAAAUCACUUCAGACCUUCACAUUGUAUAUACAUCUCAAAGGAGGACUCAGUCAGGGCCCUGCAUGACUCUGAACUUCAACCCAUGAUGAUCCAUCAAAUGGGGGUGUUUGUGGCUCUCCUUAAUGCAAAUGCACGCACAAACACUUUCAUUCUCAUGUGAAAAUAAAAAAAAUCUGAUGUAGAGCUGAUGGUUUUACAGUCGAGUCAGAGUUCAGAGUCCAGCAGAGUCCCGUUUCUCCAAAUGAAAAAAGCAUAAAAUGUAAAAGCUGUUUGUCAGUGUAAUCAAAUACACAUUUUCCUCGGAGUUCUCCUUUUUUGAUUGGUUUCUCAAGUAAAUUCACACAGUAAAGCCUCUACGCCCCACUCCGCCAAUCCUUCCUCUCCUCACUAGCUAUGGCACUUUGAAAACAACAAAAAAAAAGGUCUCAUUUUAUUGUAUUUUUAGAUUUCUUAUGUUAGUCCUGUGUAAAAGAGGUUCUGCAGCCCAAGAACCUUUCAGGUUUCGGUUACAGAUUGCUACAUUUUGUUUUAUUUGCUCUUGCUGGGACGCAAAAAGACAUUCUAAACAAUAAAUUAACAAUUUUUCAACACUACUCCAAUUGCACGCAUGUGUAAUGCAUUAAGAAAGUAUACAAAGCAUUGGUAGAGCAGACAUUUCAUUCUCUCUCUCUCUCUCUCUCUCUCUCUCUCUCUCUCUC